AUGAAAGAAGAUGAGAAUUUCUGGGACUACACAGCACCAACUGACUGUAGCUGGUAUUGGAAGAGGCUCAAUAAGCUCAAACUUGACAUGAGGAGGUGGUACAAUGCAGACAGAUAUAAUCUUACACCCUCAGGCAAGCAAUCAAUUGCAAAGGGCUACUAUGAUAUGAUAGGUGCAGGACAAGCAAUGGAAACCAGCACACUAACAUGGAGUAAAAUCCUGCAACCUAAACAUAGAUUCAUCUUGUGGUUGGCAGCUCAAAGGAAACUGUUAACUAGGGGAAGAUUAGAAAGUAUGGGAAUUGAAUGUGCAAAUACUGAAUGUGAACUGUGUGAUAUGCAUGCUCAUGAAGACAGUAACCAUCUCUUCAAGGACUGCACUUGGGCUGUGGGAAUGUGCCAGGCUAUGAAUGACUGGACUAAAUUGCAAUUGCCAAAGACUAAUAUUGUUGAUGUAUUGAAGCUGAUAAAACAGAAGCACUGUCCUAGGAUGAAGAAGGAAAUUGUUGCUGCUGUUCUAGGAGCUAUGAUCUAUCAUGGGAUGAAACAUCAGACAACUCCUCUGUUUGUUGAGCAUUGGACCCUUGAAAUGUUAUUUCAAGUCAAGAUCACUUUGGGCAAAAUUUUCAGCAUAGUGAAUGAAGGCUGGAACUGGGAGCUUGUUUGUGACAUAGCCAUCAACUAUAGACAAAGUAUCACCAGCAAAUUGGUCCUAUGGGAAUGCGCAGAGCAGUAUUCAUUUAUUUUGAAUACUAAUGGCAGUUGUUCUCCCUCUUUAUCCAAGGCAGGGGCUGGAGGAAUUGUUAGGAAGAUAAAUGGGGACUUGAUCAUGGCAUCUGCUAAACCACUCCAAUUCUUAACUAACAAAUCUAGUGAAAUUCAAGCUGCCCUACAUGGAUUAAAGUGGUGCCACCAAAAAAAUCUUUCAGAUUUUCUAAUACAAUUGAAUUCUCUCUUUGUUGCGCAGAUGAUUCAAGGUAAAAGCAAAGUUCCAUGGACCUAUCAAAAGCUGAUUGAAGAAAACAAGAAGAUAGUCACCCAAAGAAAUGUCAAAGUAAUACGCUGCUACAGAGAAGCUAACAUGGUUGCAGAUGCAUUGUCCAAGUUUUUCAACAACCUUGCUCAAGAAAAGUUCUACUACCAAGAGGGAGAUCUGCCAGCUGAAGCUCUAGGACCUCUACGUAUGGAUAAAAUGGGCAUCCCAUCAUUCAGAAUUAGGCCAGCAAAGCAUACAGGGAGGGCAGUAGAAAAAGAAAAACAGCAAAAACUGAAAGGAAAAUCUGAGGAUAAGGGGGCUGAAAAUGAGCAGUCCAACAAUCACAAUGAGGGGAAAGACUAA